CUGCCUGGAGAAUGUUACUACCGUCAGAACCACAGUCUCCAUUCAGUAGUCAAUUACGAUAAACUCGCGCUAACCAGUAUCGUAUAUUUGUAUUUAUAAUCUAGAACGAUAGAAAGUGUAGAGACAAAAUGUCUGGUGAGGAAGAUUUUCAAAGCUGGAUCAAAGAAGUGAUGCCAAAAGUUAUCGAGAAUCUUGGGUCGAACGUCGAGGAAGCUCGAUACGAAGUAUCCAAACCUAGCGAUUUUAUCAUGUCCACGAUGUAUUACGUAUGCGUGAAAUUUAAAAACAAGAAUGAAGGACAGAAUGAGGAACUAUCCUUGGUACUAAAGAGACCUAUACAGGCAGAAUUAAUGAGGGAAAUGUGUUACCUCGAUUCUCAGUUCCACAACGAGAUUUUGUUCUAUCGGAACUACUUCAAACCCGACGAGAACUUUCCCAGAUGCUUCUACACCGAUGAGAAACCGCCCACCGAUUCGGUGAUCGCGUUAGAAAAUAUUAUCAAACGGGGAUACUGUCCUCCUCCGUCCACGUACGACGUUCCUUUGGAAUAUAUUUUAGCGGCGAUACGCGAGAUAGGAUGGUUCCACGCCAAAGGUUACAUCAUGAAGGAGCAGCAGAGCGACAAGUUCUUCGACAUCGUACAGCAGCUUCAAGAAAAUAGAUAUAGCACGCAAUGGAACGAGUCGGAAAAGUUGUACAUAAACUUUGCCGCGAACCGGGCAGUGGAAUAUCUCCGUGAACAAGGAUACGAUACGAUUUUUUGCGACAAAAUGGAUGCCUUUCUUUCUAAAGCGUACGACACAGUGAUGGUCAAAACGGCGGAGCCAAAGGAACCUUUAGCCGUAUUGUGUCACGGCGAUUUUACAUUAAACAAUAUUCUUUUUAAGACGGAAGAUGAUGGACAGCUACGGCCGAUGCUAAUCGACUUCGCGCUUACGAGAUAUUCGACUCCGGUCGUUGAUCUUUCCACUUUUCUCUAUCUCUCUUGCUCGAAUGAAAUUAGAAAGGAUAAUUUUUUCGACAUCAUACGAGCCUAUCACGACACACUAAAAAAAUAUUUGCUGGACGCUGGCGUACAAAACAUGGACAAAUAUUCGUAUGAUGCUUUCCUGGAUGAUUUCAAAAGAGGCGCUCUCUUUGGUUUCAUUAUCGCGUCCUUCUUUUUAACAACAUUGAUGGGAUGUGAUAGCAAAGCAAUGUUUGAUAAAGUGAUAACAGGGGAGAUGUCUCAAAUGGACUAUCUAAUACAAAACAAGCAAUCCGGUGGAGAAAAAGUAUCCAAAAUAUUAGCUGAUAUGUUGCUGCAAUUAAAAGAUUUGGGUUGUUUGAAACAUAUCCUAUGAUUGUUUGUUUUCUAAUUAUACAUCUAUAUUAAUUAAUGAUUGUGAUAAAUGCGAAAGAUUUUUAAAUAAGCAAUUGCGUGUCAGGAACACACACUGAGAAAAAUUGUUUGAUUGUCAACAAAACGUAUCUGAUAGAAGGCAUUUUGGUUAAACCAAGCAGAAUUUCUAAUUAUCACGAUAAGACUCGAUUUUUUAUAACUAGAACAUUUAAUAGAAUUGACUACAAGGAUUUGAUUAGUAUUUUCUAGUUGGAUCUAUAAAAUUUCUUGUUAUAUUAACUAAACAUGGACAAAAUGAUGCCAUUUUUUUGUUUAGUAUUAUUACACAGUUUAGUAUUAUUACUCAGUAAUUUGUAAAGAAAUUCUGAUUCGUCCAUUUUCCAACAAACAUACUGGUUGAAUCUAUCAGAUUUCUAAUUAAUGUAACUAGAUUUUUUCAAUGUA